GCGCUAGGUUGAGCGCGGGCGGCCGGGGAAGCUCGGAGGGCGGACGGCGGUGCGAGCGCUCGGCCGGGGGCUGCGGGAGCGGGGACACCGCGGCGGCGGCGGCUGCUGCAGGACGAGCCCAGGGGACACCGCCCCUGCCCGCGCUCUGCCUCAGCCCAGAGCUGCUCCCCAGGGGCUUGUGCGGACUCGCCUGCGUGAAGUGUCACAAUGUCUGACCGGAAGGCAGUGAUCAAGAAUGCAGACAUGUCUGAGGACAUGCAGCAGGAUGCUGUUGACUGUGCCACACAGGCUAUGGAGAAAUACAACAUAGAGAAGGACAUUGCUGCCUAUAUCAAGAAGGAGUUUGACAAGAAAUAUAACCCCACCUGGCAUUGUAUCGUGGGCCGAAAUUUUGGCAGCUAUGUCACACACGAGACAAAGCACUUCAUCUAUUUUUACUUGGGUCAAGUUGCAAUCCUCCUUUUCAAGUCAGGCUAGGUGGCCAUGGUGAAGGUGUCAGUGGCGGUGGCAGCGAUGGCAAGCAGGCGGCGUUGCUGGGACUGUUUUGCACUGGGGCCAGCAUCAGGAUGUCCUCUCCAAUGGCUGUGCUACUGCAUGGACUGUAUACUCGAUUUCAUGUGUAUGUCGCAGUAAACAAAAACCAAACUUCUUUCUGUUUAGUUGCCUGGGGAAGAAGGCUGCUUUAUGUUUAUUUUUUAAGACUUAAAAUAUUUUUUGGUUGUAUUGCACUAGGAAAUCUCUCCCACCCCUCCUUUUUCUCUUUCUCUCCCUCUAUGAAAUAAAAGGCCCUCAACAAAGCCAGAAAGACUAGGAGGGUCAAGGAAAAGAAAUAGGUCUCUGGAGGUGGAAAAUGGUUCUCUGCCUCUCCCUGGCAGUGGAUGUUGCUUUAGGAGGGCCAGGGAGGCUGUGAAGGGACAGUGUUAGGAUUGGCAAGGAGAGAGGGAUAGAAAGGAGGUGGGGGGAUUGAUCUAGUACCAGGGAGAAUAGUCCACUGAACUGUGAUUUUAUGGCUUGGGGCAGGGGUGGGUGGGGGUGGAGUCUUUAAGGGGCCCUGCGAUGUUUGUGGUGUGUGGGAGUGGGGAGCAGACUUGUCUUGCUGUCUUUGUCUGGAUUUCUGAGUAAGGGCUGUGUCUUUGUGGACUUCCUUCCUUUAUUCUUCCUGCCCUGUUAGGGAGAUGUUGGGAGUAGGAUUAGCUUGACUUUUUUUCCCCUUUACAUUCUUCUGUCUGCUCCCUGCUUAGCCCUCAUUUUUCUCAUUCCUCUGAGUUCUCUUAGAGCAGCCCCUGUUGUGGGCUGGCAAGGGAAUUUUUCGUGACUCUAGUUCCUUAGUUAGGUCUUACCAAUCAAACCAAAUCAAUGUCUCCCUUGAUUCUCCUUUGUGUAUGUUUGUGUGUAUGUCUGUGUGUGUGGGUGGGUUUGGGGUAGAGGGGAGGGCAGGGGCAGGACAAGUGGUAUCUCUAGGAUGUUUGGGUAGGUAGACACAGUUCUACAUGGGCUUUUGUGUUACCUGUUGUAGGGUAAGGACUGGUAGAUUUCACCCCUCUCAGUCAUCUAGCUGGGAUACUCUGCUUUUGCCCUACAGCUGUCUGCUCCCUGAGAAGGUUUUUUUGAAGGUCACUCAGGAUAAGAUGACCAUACUGCCAUCUACCCUGGAGGUGGGUCUGGGUGGAGGGGAACCUGUAGCUGGUCACAGCCUUUGGUGGGAGGUGAGCAUGGAGGUAAUGAGGACAAGAGGGGCUCCUGAAGAGGUCUGCCAUGCAGUGGUGAAGCUCCAUAUAUCAGAGGUGGACUGGGGCUGUGAAUGGGAGGAGAUUCCCCGGAGGGUGUAGAAACCUUGUCUGUUGGUGUAGGAUUGGGUGGGUGGGGGUUGUUAAUGCUGAUGGAGCUGCUGAUUUUCAUGAAUCACAUUCAGAUCUCUUGUGUAGGGUUGACACUGUGGCAGGUGGGGAAACCCAGCUCAUUUUUUUCCCCCAGUCUGUUCUUGGUGGGCAGGAGAAUGCCCACUCCCCAACCCCUUAGUGUGUAUUGAGGUUUUUUUUUGUUUUUUUUUUUUUUUCUUUUUUUAAAGUGCUGGCAAGGGGAGGGUGGGAACUGGGGUGGUAACUGAGUUCCCUGUCCUUCAGAUCUUUCAUUGGGUACAAGAUUGAGUGUUUGAUUUUAGGUUUUAUUUUUUUAAUGAAUGCCCAGAUCUGUGUUUCCUUGCCCUCCCAGACUCUGGCCAGUUGGAAGUGUCUAGUUUUUGUUCAUCUCUCAUUUCUGGAGCAGGAGCUGAGACCCUGCCACAUCUAUGCUCUGCAUCCACGCCUCUUUUGGACAUUAAAGGUUGAUUGAUGAACUUCUGA